AUGAUUGAUUACAAAAUAAACCAGACACCAGUCAUCAACCUCUUGAGGCCAACAUGGGAUUUUACACUCAUUUAUGAGAAGACUCUUAUCUACACUCUUCGAGAUAACUAUUCAUCACUUGACUUUUUCAAACACGCCUUUCAUGUGUCGGACUCUAAAGGACUAUGUGCCUGUGAGCAAUGUAUAGUGCAACUGGACGACGAUCCAUGGUUUGCCGAGCGCUUCAAUCAAUCCAUCCACCCGCUGAUGUCCAGGGACAACAGUGAGCUCUCAGAUGACACCUACAGAUGGUGGCAGUGGCUUCAAGCUGAACGGAAGCCGGCCAACUUUACCCAAGUGGUGGAAGAGUUGUUCCAAGUCAUUCCCGAUGAGGUGCUGUACAUGGACGCAAGCCCUGAUCGCUGCAGAACCUGCUCAGUGGUGGGGAACUCUGGCAACCUGAAGGGGACGCACUACGGCUCACUCAUUGAUUCCAGUGACUUCAUCAUAAGGAUGAACCAGGCUCCUACCAGGGGCUUUGAGCGUGACGUUGGCUCCAGAACCACUCACCACCUCAUGUACCCAGAGAGUGCCAUCGACCUGGAGAACAGCACCAGCCUCGUCCUCAUCCCAUUCAAGACUCUGGACUUACAGUGGAUUCUUAGCGCUCUCACUACCGGCACAAUUAAACAGACCUAUCUACCGGUGAUGUCCAAGAUAAAGGCAAACAAGGAUAAGGUGCUGAUUUACAGUCCAACAUUUUUUAAGUACAUCUAUGAGGCGUGGCUUGAGGGGCACGGGCGAUACCCCUCUACUGGCUUUCUCAGCUUACUAUUCGCAAUCCACAUCUGUGAUCAGGUCAAUGUAUUUGGAUUUGGCGCAGACCAAAAUGGGAACUGGCACCACUACUGGGAGGAGAACCUCUUGUCUGGUGCUUUUCGACACACCGGCGUCCACGAUGGAGACUAUGAGUACAAUGUGACCCUGCUGCUGGCGGACAAGCACAAGAUUAAGAUGUUUAAAGGCAGAUGA